AUGCGGACGGACGCUCGGCUGCCGCGGACGCUGCUGCGCGCCGUGGGGGCGUGGUCGCCGCGCGGCCGCCCGUGGGCCCGCCUGUACGCCGGCUACUCGGCCGCCGUCGCCGCGUCGCUGCUCGCCUUCGUGGCCAGCCAGCUGUCCGCCAUGCUGCACUUCUGGGGAGACCUGCUCAGCGUCACCACCAACGCCUGCGUCACCUUCACCUACUCCCUGGCCGUCUUCAAGCUCGUCGCCUUCCUCAGGAUGCGCCGCUCCGUCGACUGCCUCGUCGCAGACCUCGACAGGUGCAUGCAACAGUACGGGCGGCAGCUGGAGGCCGAGAAGCGGGCGGUGUUCGCGGCGUGCGCGCGCCGCGGCCUGCGCGUCUCCGGCGCUCGCCUGGCCCUGGCCGCCGUCUUCUACGUCAGCUGGGUGGCGCAGCCCGCGCUCAGGGCCCGCGCGUGCGAGACCGCCGCCUGCCGCAAGCAGGGCGGCUUCCCGGCGCUCAUCUGGCUGCCCUUCGACUACGCCGAGCAGCCGGCCUACGAGAUGGUGUACACCGUGCUGUCGCUGGGGCUCUUCUACGGCAGCCACGUGUCCACCGGCCUGGACGGAUUCUUCUGCACGCUCAUCAUCUACUUGGCGGGUCACCUGCGCUUCCUCAACAUGAUGCUCGCAAACACUUGCUCAGGCGUCGUUCGAGAGGAUGCGGCCAGCAGCUACAAGCGGAAGAAGACGGGAGCGUCACUAGACCCCGACAACCAAAUGAGGUCUCGUCUUCGAGAGUGCAUCCGCUACCACAACGACAUCGACAGGUGCGUGCAGCUCCUAAGUGGUAUGUUGGGACCCAUCCUGCUGGGACAGUUCAUCGUCAAUAUUAUCACCAUUAGCGCCACCGCUUUCAUCGCCAUAACGCUGAAAGCGGACUCUGCGUGGAUCUUCAAGUACGGCUCCUACCUGUUCGCCAUCGCAGUGCAACUGUUGCUGUACUGCUGGUUCGGAAAUGACAUCGUUACAGAGAGCGAGCGUCUGCAGGUGUCUGCGUACAGCAGUGACUGGACGGCGGCGUCGCCGCGCUUCCGCAAGGAGCUGCGGCUGCUGCUGUGCCGCGCCCACCGGCCGCUCAGGCUCACAGCCAGCAAGUUCUACACCAUCUCCAGGGAGACCUUCCUCACGCUGAUGAACGCUUCCUUCUCGUACUUCAUGGUGCUGAGGGAGUUGAACGCCGAAUAG